ACAAAAACCACAAUGUAAAGGAGUACAAAAGAUGCCACCGAAAAGGAGAUCGCUUCAGACAAAGCAGUCCCAUUGGGAAGUGCGAAAGUUCGGGCAUUGACUCAUGAAAAAUUCGUAGUGAAAUAUAUUUAUUUGAAGAGGUGAACUGUGAAAAGUGAUUUAAUACAAUUUAAAGUGAAGAAGAAAAAAAUUUGUAUAAAGUAAUUCCAAUGGCUAUAGAUGCGACAACAAACAAAAUGCCUGAAUCGCGCGCCAUAGAAGGCAAGAAUCUGAACGAAACACUUACGAAUUUAAAUAUAUCGUCUGAAAAGCCACCAGAGCCGCCUAUUAAAGAUGUGCCAGCAGAUUUUGAGACCGCCAUGGAAGUGGCAGGUUUCGGUACUUUCAAUAUUUUGUUGAUAAUUUCUGCGCUUCCCGCUGCUAUAGCCACAGUGGUGGAGACCUCGACGAUGUCAUAUAUCUUGCCGAGCGCUGAGUGUGAUCUCAAAUUGACACUGCUUGACAAGGGGCUUUUGAAUGCAAUCACAUAUUUGGGCAUGAUUUCUUCAGCGAUAGUGUGGGGUUAUUUCGCGGAUACGAAGGGUCGCAAAAAAUUGCUCGUCUUCGGUUAUUUGAGUAAUAUUAUAUCCGUACUAGGUGGUGCCUGCAGUCAAAAUGUCAUACAGCUGAUGGUCUUCAAAUAUAUCUCAGGAUUUAUCAUGUGUGGUCCUUUCGCUGUCCUAAUGAGUUACUUAACGGAGUUACAUGGCAAAAAACAUCGUUCCCGUGUUAUUAUGUUCGUGGGACUUAUGUUUUCAGUGGGCAACAUAUCACUUCCCCUAGUUGCACUGGGUGUUUUACCCAGCCAUUGGGAUUUCCAGCUAUUGGGUUUGCAAUUUCACUCUUGGCAAGUAUUUUUGGCCAUAAGCGCUAUACCUUGUCUGUUUGGAGGCACGUUACUCAGUUUUUUUCCCGAGAGCCCAAAGUUCCUAAUGUCUCAGGGUCGAAAUGCAGAGGCAUUGCGGGUUUUUCAGCGAAUAUAUGCACUUAAUUAUCGUAAGAAACGUGAAGAUUAUCCGAUUAAAGAACUCGUCAACGAACAACUCGCCGCUGAAAAGACAAGUGAUGCAUCGACAGUUAGCAUAGCCACAAUUGAAGAGGCAGCACCGAAAGAGAAAUCCUCUACACCUAAUGUGUCCACAAAGGAAAAGAAGCCAACUGUAGGCCUUCGUCAGGGGUUGCAACAGCUACGCCCUUUGCUAAUGAAACCCUAUCUCGGCCUAUCUAUACGCGUCUAUCUGAUGAACUUCGCCAUUUUGUUUGGUCAAAAUACUUUGCGUCUAUGGGUGCCACAAAUGUUUGCCUCGAUUGAGGAAUACGAACAGCUACACGGCACUGAGAGUGCUACAAUGUGCACCAUCUUGGAGUACAGCGUUAAUAAGACGCAUACACAAAUAAUAGAUUCGGCUUUGGGACAAUGUCAAGUGGUCAUCACAGCCGCCUCCUAUACAAAUAAUAUAACAGUAGCAGUUGCUGGCUUUAUAGGCUAUCUACUAGCUGGUUUUAUUGUUAAUCGCAUCGGCAGUAAAAUAUUGCUGACCAUCGGUACAGUAUCCGCAGGACUUUGCGAAAUCGGACUUUAUUUCUCAGUAUCUUCUUUGAGUACUGCCAUUCUCGCUUCAAUUUCUGUGACAUUGGGUAGCAUAUCAGCUAUGUCCAUUCUCAGCUCAUCGGUCGAUCUAUUUCCCACGUCGUUGAGAACAAUGAUUGUGUCUUUGGCAAUGAUGUUUGGUCGCAUGGGUUCAAUAUUGGGUAACAUACUUUUCCCCAUUUUCAUGUCUCUCGGCUGCAUUCCACCAUUCAUCAUGCUCACCUUCGUAAUGUGGUCUGCUGGAAUUAUGUCUGCAUUUUUACCAAAUACCAAAAAGACGGUUUUAAAGUAGAAUUAAUUAAAUUAAUUAUUUUCUAUUUAUUCGUUUAGUCGUCUUUACACACAUAGAUACAUACAUGCAUACAUACAUUGUGAGAUUAUUUAUUGCGUAAUUUUUAAGAUAAUUAAAUUUCUAAAGGAUCGGUGUAUGUGGAUACUAAUACAUACAUACAUAUGUUUUGUACAUAAAUCAAUUUGGAAGCUAGCUGUUAUUAAAAGUGAAAUAUAAUUGGGGUAUUCACAACGGUGUCGUAAAAAGAAAAAAGUCAGCUAUAAAUAUUUCUCUCAACACAAGAUUGGGUAACUAUGGCCAAAUAAUGUAACUAUAUAUAACCAACCAAUUUGGUGAGAGAAAUAUAUUCACCUGACUUUUUUUCUGGGUGUAAGUUAAGGGAAUCAAAAUUGUGGAAACAAGUCGAAGAUGGGUGAAGUUAAAUGAGAACGACAAAGCAGGAUCAAAACUAACUUGGAUGACGGUACUGAUUACUUUAUGUCGUUCUGCGACUUUGACUUCAGGAUUCAGGAAAUUUCCAACUAGGGAAGAUUGCGAUGCUGGCCUUACGACGUGAAAUUAUGCUAUUAGCAACUAAAUCGAUUACUCAAAAAUGGAAAACGGCAUCGGCGUGGGUCUCUAAUCGGAGGUCUUACAAGUAGUCAUAUCUCCGGAAUGAUGACUGCAGGUCUCUUAUUCUAUUCGUUGAUAGCCAAGUGGCAUUAAAAGCUUUAUGACCCAAAUUGGUGAAUAUGUACAAGAAUUGUUAGGAAGGUCGCGUAUCGCUAUCAUUACUUGGUCACCUCAAUGCCGUUUUCGUGGUGGGUUGCUGGACUUACGGGUACUUAGCAAUGACGCAGUGAACUAAAUAGCCGAUGAGAUGGUUAGACAAGGUUUGGAAAUGCAGAUCAAAAAGGCGGAUAAGUGAUCUAUGGACCAGCGAGACGGCUGUCAAGUUUCAAGGUUAAUAUGGUCGAGGAGUAACAAGAAAGCUACUGAGGAACGUUCUCCAGACAAGGCGAUUCAAGCUUUGGGAUUUUGCCUUUUCACCAGCUUUGUAGAGAUAACAACUGCAACUCUCGGGUAUUUCACAUUAUUUAUGCAUACAUAUUUAUGACCGCUCCUAAAGUGCUAUAAUUUUUACUUGUAUUUUUUAAAAACACAUCAUUCUUCUUAUAAAUAAAUUUACAACCGAGUUUAUCUUUGA